AGUUGUAUAGUUAUCAGUAAUUAUAUUCAGCAUGUUUUGCACAAGAAAUGUCAUCCAGAAAGGGCAAUCUUCUUCCACCGUCAAAUUAUACCACAAAGAUGUCAUGCUCCGAUAGUCCAUCUGGAAAUUCGUUUCUGGUAGACUCCUUGAUCCACGGAAGGGCCGAGGGAAGUGGACACUACUACCAAAACAGCGGAGUCUACUUGCAGCCGACCUCCGAGUAUUCUUAUGGACUGUCUAACUGUGGCUAUUUUUCUGGACUCAAACGGAACGAGAGCAAUUCGCAAAAUGCAGUACCUACGUGUGGGCCAUAUCAAGGCAUGGAAACGUGGCUGGAGACGUCGAGGUCCUGUCGCAUUGAACAGCCUAACAACCAAAUUACCCCACGGUCGUUCUCGCCCACCAUAAAAGAGGAAAACUCUUACUGCUUAUACGAGUCUGAGAAGUGCCCAAAAGACACCAUUACAGAGGACAUAUCGUACUCCCGGCUGACACCAAACUCAUGUCCAUCUAGCAACAAUAACGGCUGUGUUCCGGUACCUGGUUACUUCCGUCUAUCUCAGACAUGCACCACAUCUAAAGGUUUUCCAGACAACCAGUCUGUAUCGACUCAUGCUGCUGCUCAACGCUCUGCCCGAUUUGACAGCUCUCUUUCAGCCAUAGGAGCAGAGGCGAGCAGGGAAGAGAGCGAUGAGCCUCCCACAUGCGCACCAUGUGCCCCGGCAAGAAACAAGGAGCUAAGGGGGUCCACCGGCACCGCUUCAUCUCCAGAACCACCGGACAGUCCAGAGAAGGCGGUCACCGUUACUAAAGCAGGAGAUUCCAAAAGUGACAGUACAGCUAACUGGCUGACGGCGAAGAGUGGCCGUAAGAAGCGUUGCCCCUACACCAAACAUCAGACUCUAGAGCUCGAGAAAGAGUUCCUCUUCAACAUGUACUUGACACGGGAACGUCGCCUCGAGAUCAGCCGCAGCGUUCACCUCACGGACAGACAAGUCAAAAUCUGGUUUCAGAACCGACGGAUGAAGCUGAAGAAGAUGAGUCGAGAAAACCGAAUCCGAGAGUUGUCGGCUAACUUCAGUUUUUCAUGAAGCCUCCUCGCUUUAUAGAUCUCUGGCGCCCUCCUCCAUCAGCUGCAGUGGUAGCCUACUUACAACAAACCGUCUCCGUAGGUGUGUGUGCAUAUAUGACUUGUGCAAGAUACUAUUGAUAACUUAUUGUGUGUCGUAUACUGUUGACGUUUUUAUCUGUUUAUGUAUAAUUUUAUUUGACAACCCAGUCGUCAUAACAUGUCAUGGUUAUUUAUAAACUGUCAAGUACUUCACUGUAAAAGCAAGAGAGGAAAAUAUCGAAUGCUGAAGGUGUUCAUUGUACAUAGCAUUCAGACUAUAUUGUACAUUUAUUGUAUAUAACUGCGGUAUUUGCAUGUUGUAAUAAUAGCUAUUAUGAAGCCAUUUUUAAAUAAUAACGAUACGUUUCUUCUAAGUACGACCUUGUCAGGAAUUUGCUGUUCUAGGCAUAAGUGGAAGAGUCCGGUUCUUAAAAUGUAUAAACUUCCAAACAUGACGGGACUUCCUGUAUUAUUUUAACAGCAUUCACAUGUACCAUCUUUUUGGAAACUCAGGCUAAAGAGAUGGUCUCAGAUGUAAAUCAAUUAUUCACACAUGGCAGAAAAUAAAUAAAGGCAUGUACGUAAAAUCAUUUUAGCCUACUUUUAAAUACAAGUAUUGUAGUAAAAACACUCCUGAUUUUCUGAGCUCUUUUUAUAAUGGGGAUUUUGAGGAAGCAAUGGCUGUAAUUUUGCUGACUGUAAAAUGAAAUGAUUUAUAUAAUUCUCUACACAGUCAGUGCUGGUCCUGUGAUUUGUCACACAAAAAUGAUUACAAUCAUUCCUAUUCCUAUACCAAUUCUAUUCCUGUCAUUCGGGUUCUAAUUUAAUUUAAUUUACAUGUAAUAUUCCAACAAAUUUUAUGAGAUAGCAUUGGUUAGAUCACAGCAAAAUUCACAUUUUAUUGUACUUGUUUGCCUG